UAAAGCAAUUUCAUUUAUUUGUUUUUCGCAUUUUUAAUUUUUCAAGAUGUUGUUUAGUCUAUGAUCUAAUAGAAAAACAUACAUUUAUAAUACAGUCUGCGUGUUUCUUUACGGUUUUCACUCAUUUCCAAGUAACAAAAUAAGAACUUUUAUUUCGUCCUUAACUAAUAUUUUACAGGUUUUUUGUAUAAAAACUCUAUUAAAACAAAAAACCAAUCGGAAAUUCAGAAUCUGUCUAGAUUUAGCUUGAUGUAUUUAACAUAAUAUGUUCUAAAUAUAUAUAAUAAAUUUUAUGAAGAUUUUUAAAAUUACGGUCAAAUUUUUUUACAAAAUGCUCUUUUACAUUAACAGAGUACUACAUUGAAAUAAGAUGUAGUAGUACUGUCAACACUAUUAAAUGUCAACGGUCAGUUGUCACAUUGAAGUUAUUUUCAAUUUUGUAAUUUCAUAAAUACAAUUAUGUAUGUAUGUAUGUACUUUAUUAUGUACAAGUAGUAAAUAAAAAUUGAUAUUUAAUGUUGCCUUGAUUUGUCGAGCGAGACAAUUUGCAGAAUCUUAUUUCAUUCUAACUUCUAAAUAGAAAAUGAAUCGCAUUUAGAAUAGGAAUUUAGAACUAUUACAUUCAAUCAAAUUCGAUUGUACCUAACAUGUUUGAAGCCUCACCUUAUUAAAUGUCAGUGAAAACAAAGUAAGGACAAUGUUACCGGGUAUUGGGGUUUUUGGAACAGGAGCGAUUGCUAAAGUUCUGGUGCCUUUCUUGAAAGAGAAAGGAUUUUCUGUUGAAGCAAUAUGGGGUAUAACUUUGCAAGAAGCAGAGAUAGCCGCAAAAGAACUUAAAAUUCCUUUCUUCACAAACAAAAUUGACGACGUCCUUCUCAAGAAGAAUGUGAGUUUAGUUUUCAUAGUUUGUGCCCCAAAUCUUCAUGCUCAGAUAUCUGUCAAAGCACUUGGUAUAGGAAAACAUGUUGUUUGUGAUAAACCAGCGGGACUGUGCCAAGCUGAAGCAUUGAAGAUGGUUCGUGCAGCACAGUAUUAUCCAACGCUCAUUUCUAUUGUUAAUCAUUCACUGAGAUUUUUACCAGCAUUCACUCAUAUGAGAAAGUGUAUUCAAGAGGGAUAUCUUGGAGACCCUGAAGAAUUAACACUUAUAGAUGUAAGAGUACAAAUGGGACCUUUAAUAGGAGACUCUUAUAACUGGUUAUGUGAUGAUACAAUGGGUGGCGGUACCUUAACUUUAGUGGGAAGCCAUGUUAUAGAUUUGGUAUCAUUUCUUACUAAACAGAAAGUAGUAAAAGUACAUGGUGUAUUGAGGACUUUUGUUGAAGAGACUUCAAAAAUAAAUGGUAUAAGGAAGAUCACAGCUCCAGAUUUUUGUACAUUCCAAUUACAAAUGGACAAAGGCUUGUUAGUGACUGCGACACUGAAUAAUCAUUUACCAGGACCAUGUUUUAAUCAAGAGAUUUAUGUUUGUAGCAAAAAGGGAUAUUUAGUGGUGAGAGGUGGAGAUCUCCAUGGAAAACUGCAUAAAACCUACUCUAAUAAACAUUUUCCAGAUGAGGAAACUAAGAGGCACGACAAAGAAGAUGUUAUAUAUGUAGAUAUAGAAGAUUUAAGCUGUGCCUCAAGUGUGGUUCCUAAGCCUUAUAUUAAAGGUCUUUGUAAAAUGAUAAGUGCUCUCAAAGAGGCAUUUUUGCCCGUCAAAGAAGAAAUGGACUGGAUAAAAGAACCUGUUAAAGCGGCAGCAACUUUUGAAGAUGGACAAAGAGUCCAAGCAACUAUGGAGGCUUUGCGACAAUCAAAUGAAGAUGGCUGUUGGACAUCUGUUAAAUUAUUGACUGAGCCACCUGAUCCAAAUCCAGCUCUAUCUGCAGCAGUACGACGUACGGCCAUAUCAUUACAAUAGUGACAAAUUUACUAAUAUGCCAUUAUUAUGUACCUUUGUAUUAUAAGAUAGCUUAUUUGCAUAUAAUUAAUAUAUAAGUAAGGAUCUGCAUUUGACAUUGAUAUUACAUUUCAGUAUUAACAUGUUUAUUUAAGACAUUCCUUACAUAUGCCAUAGUAUUUUAUGUUAGUAAAUAACAGAUUGUUCACAUGUUUCUCAUGUAUAAAUUUGCUUUCAACUUGCCAUUUUGAAUCACAAAUAAUGUAAAACUAAUAUAACCCCACCAAUGCCAGUACUAUCAGUAUUUUUAUUAUCAAAUCAUCUAGAUCUUUCACAUACAUGGAGCACAAUAAAAAGUAUUUCACUAAAAAAUAUAAAAAUACACUUGGUUAGCUUUAAAAAUUUGCUUUCACGAUCACAGUCUGGUAUUUUUUCUGUGUUCUUAACUUAAUACUAAUUUUAAUUAAGAUAUUUCAAAUUUAUUUUACUCUUUCCAAAUAAUAUGAAAUGUAUUUGCAAGUUUAAUAUCCAUACAUAUUAUUUUAUUAGAAUAACUGAGUCAGUACUGAAGUCAAUUCAAUUUUUUGUUAUAAUGAAAGUGCCCGACAUAGAAGAGGUAGCACAGAGAUGUUUUAAGAAAAUGUCAUGUACAUGGCGCUCACAUUUGACAGCUUAUUAAAAAAUAUAUUAAUCUUAGUAAGAAGGAUCAUUGUGCCAGCCAGCUUAGUCUCAUUCAUGAAAUAAUUAACUGCAUCUUAGAAGUGAUAAAAAUGUGAUGUGGGUUAUAACUUUAUUAUCUUUAUGUACAAAUACCACUGCAAUGUUAAAAUCAUUGAUUAAAUAAUGACAAAAUUUUAUUUUUUAUCUUGCUUUAUUAUGAGGUGUAACAAAAUCUUGAGCCUAUUUUAUGGUACCUACUGUAUUUUCUGUAAAUUGGAUUGUUUGAAGAUUUUAUAUCUCAAUCUUGUGAAAACAGCAUACAUCUUUGUAUCCAGCACAUUUAAAGCAUUGCAUACUACUUUUAUAUUGGUAUAUAAGGUAUAUUGUGACCUCAAUAUGAUUCCACCAUCCAGCUGUUUUCUGCUGUAUAGCCAUUCUGUAGAGGUAACCAGAGGUUUGUAGGGUUAGACAGCUAGUAUAUAAGAUAAUUCAUUCCAGCCUUCCAAUCUCAUCUCUCAAGUUGAGUCUCAGAAUUAACAUUGUGAUGUGUAACACUUAAGAUGAUAUCUGUACUGCCAGGAGCUCAGUUAAUCCUUUUGCACCUGCUCUGGAGUCUGAACCUUAUUUAAAGGACAUGUUAUAGUGCUGAGAAAAAAAUUGUAGGGAGCCCAUUGCAUAAAUCAAAAUAUAUAGCAUUGUCACUGCUGACAAGAGCAUGAGCAACUAUAACUGCUCACUUAAUGGCAGUCUGUGCUCAUAUGGUCUUCCACAAUAGCAAAGAUUAAAAAUAAUAUCAGUGUGCUAUUACUAAAUACUAUAUUAAGUGUUAUCUCAAUUAAUUUUAAUUGUUAGUAGCUCUAUUUCAAUGGGAAUUGAAAUAAUCCUAUAGCAUUUUUGCUCUCAAAUUAAUGAUAAUCAUAUUGAGGCUGACUUCAAUAGUUUUGCCGUAUUACAAUUAUAGUAUGUUGGGACACAAGAAUUGUUCCUCAACGUACCAACUCGUUUAUAAAAUGCAUGCUCCUUUUGAGGUUAGGUUAGUUUACAUGAUGAUGUAACAUUUUAAUAUAACAGUGGAGAAAUUUUGAAUAAAACGACAGAUUUAUAACAAUAAUUAUUAUUAUAAUAAGAAAUGCAAGUAUUGCAACUGAGAUAAGAUCAAUACCUCACAAAAAAUACACGACCAUAUCAACGUUUCAUUUGCGCACGCUACAACUAAACUAACAGAAUUAGAAUCACAUGUUAAAGCUACCAUCAUUCAGUUUUCAAUUUUCGCCAGUAUGUCAGACUCUCUGAAGAGAUGAUAUUCUUUCUCAUCAUUUUCAAGGCUUACUUUAGUACCGCCGUAUUCUGGAAGAAGAACUUUAUCACCCACACUAACUUGAACGGGGAUGAAGUCUCCAUUUUCUUUUCGGGCUCCAGGACCGACCGCUACUACUUCUCCGUGUAAAACCUUGGAUUGAGCCUUCUCUGGGAUGACAAUGCCUCCGGCAGUUUUGGUUAUAGCUUCAGCUCUUUUGAUCAGGACACGGUCCAGAAGAGGAACCAAUCGUUUUACUGCAUUGGCCAUUUCGAUUUUUAAUUAACAGAAUUCAAAAGCGAAGAAUAUGAGCACGAUGAACGCUGUUCAAAAUUUGCGGAAUCUAGAAUAUUCGAGUCAAACAGUCCUAUCGGUUGCCGGGUUAUCUCAAUGAUUGUC